CUAAGACAGCAGCGCAACCCCGCGUGAAUGCCAUUUUAGAACGAGGCUGCGUCAAUAACGAGAUCUGUACAUUACUCCAAUCAGGCCACUUCGCUUACCGCCGACGGCUGCAGGCCAUGCCAAUAGAUGUCUUGGUCGAUAUCGUGGUGCUGGUAUUCUCAAUCUCGACGUGGCUUGAUUUUCACGCGAAGCAGGCUUCGGCGCUCUACUAUGCUUCACUUGAACACGUUGUCCGUUUCCUCUGCAUUCGCCACCCACCACGUCGACCCGCCCCAUCGCUUCGAUACAGCCCGAUCGCCCUCUGCGUCUCCAGUUCGUUUUGCCAGACGGAUAGCAGUAUCUAUUCUCGCCUGUUGGUUCUCCACCACAACCAAGAGACGUCCAAGAGCAUCCUGGGCAGCGGCGCCACCGUGUUCGAGUCGUUCCUUUAGUACGCAAACCGCGGUAUCGAUCUUCGCAAGUGUAGCAGGGAUAGAAAGGCUGGUAUUAUCAUGGAGACCUUCGACGUAUGGAACAAACGUGCCAUCCCAGUCAUCGCGUCAAGUCGAGUACCGAGCCUGGGCCACCCAUCCUCUGUAUCUCUUGUACAAGGACGUCGCAUCGCGGAAGGUUAUGGUUAGUACGGAAGUCGUUGAUACCCCACCAUUUCGCCCUGUCAUGUAUCAGUAGAUCAGUCUUUUGCAUGGAGACGAAAGCUGCCGUGUAAGAAAUGCGAUAGCACUUACCAGAUUGCUUCGGUGAACAGACUUUCCUAAAGCCUCUGCUCUUAGAGGCAGUGGUUGGUGGUAUAGGUACCUUUA